UCGAAUCCGUCCUGGGAAUUCUGUCGAACUGCACACGCAGAUCGUCACUUGUCCUUGACUUAGAUUCUUUGGCUUUAUCAGGACCGCAAAAAUCCUCGGACAGAAGCGGGGUACAAACAUCCAUCAUCAAGAAACACUCAGGAAAUCGUUAAUCGAAGACCGCAAUCAUGGUGAACUUCACUAUCGAAGAGAUCCGUGGGCUCAUGGACACGCCCGAGAAUAUCCGCAACAUGUCGGUUAUUGCUCACGUCGACCACGGCAAGUCCACCCUCACCGACUCGCUUGUCCAGCACGCCGGUAUCAUCUCCGCCUCCAAAGCUGGUGAGGCCCGAUACACCGAUACCCGUCCCGAUGAGCAGGAGCGUGGUGUGACCAUCAAGUCCACGGCCAUCUCCCUGUACGGCACCCUCAAAGACGAGGAGGACAUGAAGGAUAUUCCGGUCAAGGUCACCAAGAACGAGUUCUUGAUCAACUUGAUCGACUCUCCCGGUCACGUUGAUUUCUCAUCUGAGGUCACUGCCGCGCUCCGUGUCACUGAUGGUGCGCUCGUCGUCGUCGACACUAUCGAGGGUGUGUGCGUGCAGACUGAGACGGUGCUCCGACAGGCGCUUGGUGAACGUAUCAAGCCCGUCGUCAUCAUCAACAAAGUCGAUCGCGCCUUGCUCGAACUCCAGUUGGGCAAGGAGGACUUGUACCAGAAUUUCUCCCGUGUCAUCGAGUCAGUCAACGUCGUCAUUGCGACGUACUAUGACAAGGCUCUGGGUGAUUGCCAGGUCUAUCCUGACAAGGGUACCGUUGCUUUCGGAUCCGGCCUUCACGGCUGGGCUUUCACCAUCCGAAAGUUCGCGACCAUGUAUUCCAAGAAGUUCGGUGUGGACAAGCAGAAGAUGAUGGCUCGUCUUUGGGGCGACAACUUCUUCAACCCCAAAACCAAGAAGUGGACCAAGAGUAGUGAAGGUGGCCUCGAGCGAUCUUUCAACACUUUCAUCCUCGACCCCAUCUUCCGCAUCUUCGAUGCUGUUGGCAAGAACAAGAGGGAGGAUAUCGCCAAGCUGGUGGAGAAGCUCGAAAUCAAGCUCACCAGCGACGAGAAAGAUCUCGAGGGCAAGGCCAUCCUCAAGAUCAUCAUGCGCAAGUUCCUUCCCGCCGCUGAGGCGCUCAUGGAGAUGUUGAUCAUCCAUCUUCCGUCGCCGAAGGAGGCCCAGGCUUACCGUAUGGAGACUCUCUACGAGGGUCCUCAUGACGAUGAGAGCGCCAUCGGUAUCCGUGACUGCGAUCCCAAGGGUCCUCUCAUGCUGUACGUCUCCAAGAUGGUGCCGACCUCCGACAAGGGUCGAUUCUAUGCCUUCGGUCGUGUCUUCUCCGGUACCGUCCGCUCCGGUCUCAAGGUCCGCAUCCAGGGACCCAACUACACUCCCGGCCGCAGGGAAGAUUUGUUCAUCAAGUCCAUCCAGCGUACCGUGCUGAUGAUGGGUCGUCUCACCGAGCCCAUCGAGGAUUGCCCGGCCGGAAACAUUCUGGGUCUGGUCGGUAUCGAUCAGUUCCUGCUCAAGUCGGGUACCCUCACCACCAGCGAGACGGCCCACAACCUGAAGGUCAUGAAGUUCUCCGUCUCCCCCGUCGUUCGGCGCUCCGUCGAGGUCAAGAACGCCAACGAUCUUCCCAAGCUCGUCGAAGGUCUCAAGCGUCUGUCCAAGUCCGAUCCUUGCGUGUUGACCAUGAUCUCCGACACCGGCGAGCACAUCGUCGCCGGUGCCGGUGAGCUCCAUUUGGAAAUUUGCUUGAAGGAUCUCGAGGAGGACCACGCCGGUGUCCCUCUCCGUAUCUCCGACCCAGUCGUGCAGUACCGUGAGACCGUCGCCUCCCUGUCAAGGAUCACGGCCCUCUCCAAGUCCCCCAACAAGCACAAUCGUCUGUACAUGACCGCGCAGCCCCUCGACGAGGAGGUCUCCAAGGACAUCGAGUCCGGCAAGAUCGGACCGCGCGACGACUUCAAGGCGCGCGCACGCAUCCUCGCCGACGACCACGGCUGGGACGUCACCGACGCACGCAAGAUCUGGUGCUUCGGCCCUGACACCAACGGCGCCAAUCUCCUCGUCGACCAGACCAAGGCCGUCCAGUACCUCAACGAAAUCAAGGACUCCGUCGUCUCCGGUUUCCAGUGGGCCACCAAGGAAGGUCCCGUCGCUGAGGAGCCCAUGCGCUCCGUCCGCUUCAACAUCAUGGACGUCACUCUGCACGCCGACGCCAUCCAUCGCGGCGGUGGACAAAUCAUCCCGACCGCCCGUCGCGCACUCUACGCCGCAGCGCUCCUCGCCGAGCCCUCGCUGCUCGAGCCCGUCUACCUUGUUGAGAUCCAGGUCCCCGAGCAAGCCAUGGGCGGCAUCUACGGCGUGCUCACCCGCAAGCGCGGCCACGUCUUCGAGGAGGCCCAGCGUCCCGGCACCCCGCUGUUCAACGUCAAGGCGUACCUCCCCGUCAAGGAGUCGUUCGGAUUCACCGCCGACCUGCGCGCCGCCACCAGUGGCCAGGCGUUCCCGCAGUCCGUGUUCGAUCAUUGGCAGGUGCUGCCGGGUGGAUCGCCGCUCGACCGGACGACGCUGCCGGGUCAGGUUGUGGAGGAGAUGCGCAAGAGGAAGGGAAUCAAGGUCGAAGUUCCGGGUGUCGAGAACUACUACGACAAGUUGUAAACGCUUUCCAACGAUGCAUAUCCACUUUCUUUGUUAUCAAACAAACCAAAUACACGCAUCCCAAAAUCAUCGUGAUGAGACGCUUGUCGUGAGGAGUCGGCCGGAUGAAAUCAAAACGCCGUGGUCGGUGGUGGGUGAGGGGUAGAUUGGGAGGGAUGGAUGGACCGACGACGAAUGCAU